ACAUAGGUAUAUGUAUAGGUGUGGCUGCGCCACCGUUAAGUAUAGGGCACUAUUCAAUAUACGGUCAGUGUGCUACAAGCCAGCAGUCGUUUCACUCAUCUCCCGUAUAUAACAGUGGCGGCGAGUGUGUUAAUUACCCACAUUAAUAAAUAAAAAUGGCCGGUCCAAGUUCAAGUGCGUUUUUCGGAAACUUUUUACGUUUUGACCACACAAUACAGGACUGGACUUCUUAUAAGAUGCAAUUAAAGCAGUGGUUUUUAGCAAAUGACAUCGAUGCAUCUUCGGACAAGGCGGGAGUGAAGAAACGUGCUAUCAUGCUGAGCGCAUUCAGUGAGAACACCUAUAAACUAGCAAGCAAUUUAGUACUACCGAAGUUACUGGAGGACCUGAGUUUCGACGAUAUAGUGAAGGAGUUAGACCAACACUUCACACCACGGCGAUGCGGGUUCGCGGAGCGGUACCACUUCUACGCGGCGGCGCAGCGCGCGGACGAGACGCACGCGCAGUGGGCCGCGCGCCUGCGUGGUCUCGCCGCGCAUUGCAAUUUCAAGGACUUAGAGAACUCAUUACUUGACAAAUUCGUGAUGGGAAUGCUGCCGGGUGCCGAGCGGGAGAAGAUGUUUGCCAUGGACACGAAGGACCUGUCCCUGGCAAAGGCGGUCGACGUGGCGGAGAGCGUGCGGUGCGCACGCGCGGGGGCAGCCGCGGCGGCCAUGAGCGCGCCGCCGGGUACCCUCAGCUCUGAUCCUGUGUUCGCGAUAGCGAAAGGCUCCGACGGCAACCAGCCGGCUAGUGAUAGUGAAAGGUGUUCAGUGUGUGGCCGCAAGAGCCACAAGUCCAAUCAGUGUCGGUUCGCAAGGUACAAGUGUACCAAGUGCAACAUGAAGGGUCAUUUACGUAGGAUGUGCAAACGAGUCAACUUUGUGGAUUCUGGCGAGGUGGACCAGGGCGAUGACGAUGUCCUUACAGAGUGAUUACUACGGGGGAACAAUACGAUCAGACUUUGUGCCGGGAGACAUUGUUAUGUACAAAAAAUUUGUAAACAAAAAUAAAUAUCACUGGACAAAAGGUGUUAUUGUAAAGAAGUUGGGCGA